AUGGAAUUUGAGAAUCAUUCAUUACCAUCACCAUCAUCUUCAAUGCUUCAAACUUUACCAUGCAAGCCAUGCAUCAACUUCAGUUGUUAUCUUGGACAAGCAGAGGAACGGCCAGCUGCUGCAGUCUUGAAGAAGAAGAAAGCAGGGAGGAAGAAGUUCAAGGAGACGCGGCACCCGGUAUAUAGGGGAGUGCGGCGAAGAAAUGGGAAUAAAUGGGUCUGUGAAGUGCGUGAGCCAAACAAGAAAUCAAGAAUUUGGCUCGGGACCUUCACUAACCCGAAAAUGGCAGCUAGGGCACAUGAUGUUGCAGUUUUAGCACUUAAAGGAGAAUCUGCUGCUUUAAACUUCCUUGAUUCAGCUUCGAUACUUCCUCGAGCAAAGUCGUCUUCUCCUGAAGAUAUACAAAGGGCUGCCCUUGAUGCUGUUGAGGCCUUAAGACCAAUUGCUAAUUCUUCGGGUUCGUCCUCUUCAUCACCUCAUGAGAAUUUUUCAUGUGUGACAAGCUCGAGGAAAGUUUUGAGUCCUCGUUUAAGUGAUCUUCAACAUGAGAAGGGCAAAAAGAAUGUUGUGAAACCUUCAUCAAUUGACUUGCCAAGUGUUGAGAUAUGUGAAAAGAAGGUUCUUAACGAUGAGCCUGCUUCAGAUAUGGUCAUGUCAUGCCCUAAUGCUUGCUCAGAGAAGGUGUCCAAUCAAUCCAAUGCAAUGUUCUUUGAUGAGGAGGCAUUGUUUAACAUGCCAGGAUUACUUGAUAGCAUGGCAGAAGGUUUGAUCCUUACCCCGCCAGCUUUGCAAAGAGGAUUUCAUUGGGAUGGCAUGGUUUGUUCUUCGGACUUGACAUUAUGGGGGGAGGACUGA